UAUACAUAAAAAUAUCAUCUUUAUUCCAAAAUCUGUAAUUCCUUCAACCAAAUUUCAUUCUUUAAAGUCAAAUUCUGAGGGAGAAGGAAUUGCUUAGUCUUUGAAGUAUUGUGGGAGUUGGGAGUCAAGUUAUUCAAAUGGGAAAUUGCUUUGGAUCUCAGCCAGCUGCGGAUCCUAUCCCUUUUCCUGCUAUUAAUAAUUCCAGUGGACCAUCCACUCAAGCUACUUCGGUUAAUCAUAGCAAUGGCGGAACCACAGACAGCAGCAGAGGGUUUAGCCAGAUUUCGAAUGGUGUGUGAUGAAUCCGCGAAUUUCUGAUGGUGAUGAAUGCAGGAAAAUACAGAUCACGACACAGAGAUUUACGUGGUUCGAUUUACUGAGGCAGAAGUGGACUUUCUAGGCAGGCUUUCACAUCCUAACUUGGUGAAGCUUUUGGGAUACUGUUUGGAGGAUCCAGAGCUAUUACUCGUUUACGAGUUUAUGGAGAAGGGGAGCCUCGAGAACCAUCUUUUCAGAAGAAAUGCUGCAAAUGAGCCUUUAUCUUGGAACAUGCGGCUCAGAAUAGCCAUUGGAGCAGCAAGGGGCCUCGCCUUCUUGCACUCCUCUGAAAGGCAAGUCAUCUACAGAGACUUCAAGGCGUCCAACAUUCUGCUCAAUGGCAUUUACAACCCAAAAAUAUCUGAUUUCGGACUAGCAAAACUGGGGCCUGCAGGCGAGAAUUCUCAUGUAACGACUCGAAUCAUGGGCACACACGGCUACACUGCACCCGAGUACAUUGCAACGGGGCAUCUGUAUGUAAAGAGUGAUGUGUAUGGCUUUGGCGUUGUGCUGCUCGAGAUGAUGACUGGGCUGAGGGCGCACGACACUAGACGGCCUACUGGGCAGCAGAGCCUGGUUGAGUGGUUGAAACCGGACCUCUCACAUCGCCGGAGGCUCAAGGCACUAAUGGAUAGUCAGAUGGAAGGGCAGUACUCGUCCAAGGCCUCGUUUGAGGCUGCAAAGCUCACACUUAGAUGCUUGGAACCGGAUCCCAGGAAGCGGCCCUCAAUGGAGGAGGUCGUGGUGGAGUUAGAACGUAUUGCAGCCAUGAGUACUUCUCAUCGGCCACCACCAUUGUGAUUGUUGGAUGGUUGUUUGACAAUCUGCAUGUUUGCACCAUUUUGAGUGUAUAAUAUAUAGUGUAGUGAAUUUGUUUGUUAGAGAAUUUUGUUUGUAAGCUUGUAAACACAAACAUCAAAAUUGAGAUUUAAGGAAAUGGAUAAAUAUUCAAAAUACAGGGAAAAUUAAUUAUGGAA